AUGGGUGGAGAAAAAGGGGCGGCCCACCGUAGUGGUUCUUUUUGGUGGAGAGAUCUCUUAAAUAUUACUCAUAAUUCUUUUGAUGAUCCUAUUGGUGAAUGUAGUAGGUUUUCCGUUAACAAUGGUUUCAAUACUUCUUUUUGGCAUGCAAAGUGGAUUGGAGAUUUUUCUUUGAGAAUUCUCUUUCCGGAUAUGUAUGAGGUUUCCAACUUGAAGCACGUUUCCGUGGCGGCAAUGGGGGGUUGGAGCGAUGGAGGGUGGUCUUGGGGGGAUUUUGGUCUAGCGGGGAGUGAUUUCACGGAUGGCGUGGAGGAGUUGAGAGAUUUGGUGGGCGGGGCGGAAGGGAUGAGUGAGGGGAGGGAUGAUGUGGAGUGGCACUACAAGGAUGAUAUGGACUUUUCGGUGGCUUCUUGCUAUUCUUUCCUUAUGAAGAGUCACAUUCCUUUCGGCCCUCCUAAUAAAGACGAUGAAGCUUUCGGUAUUUUGUGGAAAUUGGAAGUGCCUUUCAAAAUUAAAGCUUUCGGAUGGAGACUUUUCCUUAAUCGGCUUCCUACAAAGGAUUUGUUAUUGCUUAGAGGUAUUCCGCUUCCUUUAGAUAACAUUUUUUGUUCCUUUUGUAGUAAUGACAUAGAAAAGUGUAGGCAUACUUUUUUUAUUUGCGACGUAGUCAAAAAGAUUUGGAAUGAGAUUGCUUCUUGGGUUGGUUUGGGAAAUAGGAUGGAAGAUGAGUGUUUAUCGAGUUUUAUGGAGUGGCACUCUUUCUUUAAACUCAAGAAAGUCAAGAGGUGUAAAUUGGGUGUGGUUUGGUUGGCGAUUACUUGGUGCCUUUGGAUAGUUAGAAAUGAUGUGUGUUUCCGGAAUGAUGGUUGGAGCGUUAACAACAUUGUUUGGAACAUUAAAUUUACGGCGUGUAGAUGGUCUUUUUGUGGGAAUAUUACCGAUACCAAUUGUAAUUUUUACGAUUUUUGUAAGGAUCCUUUAUGCUUCCUUUCGUAA